GCACUUACGCCUAGAUAGUAGUACCACGGAGCCCGCAAUUAAAAUCAGCACUCAUCAACAAAAUACUACAACUCACGAUCCUGCAGUCAUUAACCACGUGGGCAUACACGAACCAUGGCUCCGAACCAAGCCGACGCCGCGUCCCUUCCUUAUACGCCUUCCACGACCUCCCGAGGCGUUAGUGACAGACUGGAUAAGGAGGAUAAUACUCAAUCAUCGCUUAGCUCCUCAGUCCCGAGCCCUGGCUCGUCCUUCCUCAUCCAAUCCGUAGCGACAGGAAAGGUGAUUACAUUUCAGCAGGGGCGAGUUGUAUUAGGUCCACUUGGCAGCCACAUCAUGACUCGCUGGCAGUGUGUUGAGAAUAAAGGUUGGCUUGGAUUUCAGGAUCCUGCGUCGGGCAUGUUCUUGGGGUACGAUAAGAACGAGGAGCUUUGCUGCGCAGUCAGCCGGCAAAAUUUGUGGGAGAACUUCUGCGUAGGACAGAGGCCAGAGGGAGGAUAUCUCCUGCUCAUGAUGCAUUAUAAGAAUUGGUGCACGUUAUUUUGGAACGACCUUCGUCCGGUCGGAAUAAAGGUGGAGAACGGUUCGGAGAAGCUGGCGAUGGUCGAAGACUGGCAGUCUGACGCGAUUGCCUGGCAGUUUAUUAGAGUUUAGCUUAGUACAGCUUAAGUAGGCGUAUAGGUCUUUGCUACUGGGGCAGUGUUGUUAAAGUAUAGGAGUUGCGCAAGUUAUAUCUUGAUUUAAUGCCUUUCCAUCAGUCCAGGUCCGAAAUUAGGUCCGAACAGCCAUAAGGCUGACGUGUAACU